GUUUACGAUAAGAUAGAAACUUAUCAUAAAACUAAGGCUAAAUUGAAACAGUUUUGAUAAAAUUAAUAACCGUUAUUUCACUUCCAUAUUGCCACUGUACUUAUGCAGUUGUACAAUUUGCAAAUAACGAAAAUUCAAGUUUUAUAAAUUCAUUCUAGAUGAAUUUACACAAUUCAAAAUUAUUACACAAAUAUUAAUUAUUUUCUAUAUUUUUUUUCCCAUAACAUAAUAAAAAGAUGAAUUCAAUCAAAAGAAAAAGUAGAUUACAACCUGUAGAAACAUCAAGUAUAAUCUCAAGAGCAUUCUUUUGGUGGACAUGGGGCACCCUAAAGAAAGGUUAUAAAAAGACAUAUACUGUAGACGACUUAGGCGAUUCUUUAAAAAAUGACGAAACUUCUUUACUUGGUUCUCGACUAGAAAAGUUUUGGAAUGUAGAAUUGUUAAAAGCCAAGCCGAGUUUGUUGAGAGCACUUUUCUUUACAUUUUGGAAAGGUUAUUCAAAAGCAUUGAUUUUAGGUUUGUUGGAAAUAGUUAUAUGGGUGUCGAUGCCGUUGAUUUUCGACUUAUUCUUGCAUGCUUUCUCGCCUGAAUCGACAGCUACAUUGGGUGAAACCUUAUUUUAUGGCUUGUCUCUUGUUGGUUUAGAUCUAAUAAAAUAUUUUAUUCAAUGUCACAUGUUAUUCUCCGGUUUUUGGGUGGGAGCCCAAAUUCAUAUUACCAUCUGUUCUUUAAUAUACAGAAAAGCAACCAGAUUGAACAAGACAUCAUUGAAUAGAACGUCAUCAGGACAAAUAGUAAAUCUAAUAGCUCAUGAGGUUCAACGUUUUCAUUAUUUAAUAAUUAAUAACGUGAGUGCAGUGAGUACUUCACUGUGCAUAUUACUCGUAGCAAGCAUAUUGUACAGCAUGUAUGGUUUUGCUGGUAUCGUAGGGCUAAUUUUAGUCAUAAAAAUUUCUUUUAUACAAGUAUUUACCGGAAGCAUAUCGGUGAAUUAUCGUCAAAAAGCAACUGAAAAGGCAAACGAACGCAUCCGAUUAAUCGAUGAAAUAAUAUCAGGCGUACAAGUGAUGAAGAUGUAUACAUGGGAAAAAUUGUUUUCCUCGCAAGUGAAGAAAGUGAAACACGCAGAAUUCCUACUCACGAAGAAAGCUUCCUACUUUCGUAACGUUUUUUGGACGUUUAAUCUGUUCGUUCCACGGAUUGGAAUAUACAGUACUUUGAUUGCAAUAUUAUUAUUAGGUGAAAUACCAACAACUCAAAGUAUUUUCGUAAUCUUGAAGUUUUUGUUUCUACUAAAUGAGAAGUUAUUAGCGAGUUACAAGGGUAUCGGUGAUUUCAAAGAUUCUUUAGUUGCAGCCCAUAAAAUUGAAGAAUAUCUUUUGCUUGAAGAGGUUUCUCGUUCGAGCAAUGGUAAUCUUGAUAAGAAUAUGAUUUAUGAAUACGUAAACAAAGCAUUUAAAUCAUUUGAAGGCGAUGCGAUGAAAGAAAAAGCGAUUGAAGAUAGUACGCACAAUGAACUUUCCGUUACAAUAGAUAAUCUCUCCAUAGCAUGGGAUCGAGAACCGCCCAGAAACGUCUUAACAAACGUCAACUUAAAAUUCGAAAAAGGAAAAUUAUAUUUAGUUAUUGGGAUUGUAGGAUCUGGAAAGUCAUCGUUACUAUCCUCAAUACUAAAAGAAAUAAAUAUCACUAGAGGAAGUAUACAUAUGCAUGGUCGACUGAGUUACGCAGGACAAGAUACUUGGAUUUUUGGCGAUACUAUUCGACAAAAUAUUUUAUUUGGAGAACCUUACGAUCAUCUUCGUUAUGACCAUGUAAUAAAAGCUUGUUGUUUGAAGGAAGAUUUCAAACAGUUUCCUAAGGGUGAUCGCAGUAUUGUUGGAGAAAAAGGUAUUUUGUUAUCGGGUGGACAAAAAGCUAGAAUCAACUUGGCAAGAGCAAUUUACAGACAAGCUGAUGUUUAUUUGCUGGAUGAUCCUUUAAGUGCUGUUGAUGCUCACGUGAGCAAACGUUUGUUUGAAGAAUGUAUACAGAACUUUUUGCGAAACAAGACUCGAAUAUUGGCAAGCCAUCAGUUACAAUACAUCAAAGAUGUUGAUGCUAUUGUAUUGGUUGACAACGGAACAACAUACUUUUAUGAAAACUAUAAUGAACUUUUUAAUGAGCACAGUGAAUAUCGAAAUUUGAUUGCCAUCGAAGAGACCAAAAUUUCUACAAACACUGUUAAUAUUAGAUCGUUAACGAUGAAUGAAGAAAAUUCGAUGUUGUCAUAUCAAUCAAUAAGAAGCGACGAAACGAGAAAAAUGAACGACAUAAUAGAGAAAAUUCCUAAAAACAAUGAAAUAGGAAGUUUACUAAUGAAAUACUUCAAAGCUGGCUCAAACAUGUUUUUUAUAUUGGUCACAUUUUUAUUAUUCUUUUUAACUCAAGCUAUCGUGUGUGCUAAUGACUUUUACAUUUUAAUAUUUGCUACAGCAGAAGAAAAUCGAUAUCGUGCAAGUCACACAACGAACAUGAACGAUACUUCUCGUGCACAAUUAGAAAAGAAUCUUUACCCGACAGAAAUUUACAUCAGUGUUGCUAUAAUUCUAUCGAUGACUAUCUUCACAGUCGGGAUUAUCCGCACAAUAUUCUUCGACACUAUGUGUCUACGAGGUUCGAAAAAUCUUCACAACUCAGCAUUAGACGCUUUAAUAAGCACGAAACUGCGAUUUUUUCAUACGAAUCCAAGUGGUCGAAUUUUGAAUCGUCUUUCCAAAGAUAUCACAAUCAUCGACGAAGCAUUACCAGUGACUUUGAUCGACGUUAUUCAGAUAUUCUCUAUGGUGGGAGGUGCACUCUUUGUUACGUGUACCAUUGCUCCGAUUUUCGUUGUGCCGGCUAUCGUCAUCGCUGGAUUGUGUUAUUGGUUACACGAUCUUUUUCAUAAAUCUAUAGAGUCAAUUGGUUGCUUGGAAGCAGCGUUAAAAUCCCCAGCAUUCACACAACUCAAUGAGACACUCAAUGGUAUCACAACGAUUCGCGCUUUUCAAGCCGAAAAUCUGCUGAUAAACGAGUUCGACAAGUUGUUGGAUUUACAAUUCUUAUCUUGGUACAACUUCACGGCUUGUAAAUUUGCCUUCGGCAUCGUAAUGAAGACACUUACGGAUGUAUUUAUAUUCAUUAUAGUAUGCGUCUUUGUAUUUUUCAAAACCGAUUUUCAAAGUGGAGAUGUAGGUUUAGUAAUAACUCAAGUAUUCGGCAUGACAAGUUUGAUGAUCUACAGUUCAUCAGUUAGCACCGACGUAGCGAAUUUUCUAAAAGCAGUCGAGAGACUAGUCGAAUACUCGGAGUUACCACGUGAAAGCAACAAUGAACCACGUGAUGAAAAUAAAAAACAAUUAUACUCCGCUAUAUUAUCACCGAAGAAUUGGCCUGAAAAUGGUGAAAUUGAAUUCAGAAACGUAACGUCGAGAUAUUCACUCGAAGACGAUCCUGUUCUAAAAUUUUUAAAUUUCCGUAUAGAAGCACAUCAGAAGAUAGGAAUAGUUGGAAGAACUGGCGCCGGUAAAUCGUCUUUGAUAUCGGCUUUGUUUCGAUUAUCUGAGAUCGAUGGGCUUAUAAAGAUCGAUGGGAUCGAUACGGGAUCAAUAUCUCUGACAGCUUUGAGAAGUCAUAUAUCAAUCAUACCUCAAAAUCCUGUAUUAUUUUCCGGCACUCUCAGACAGAAUUUGGAUCCGUUUAAUGAAUAUUCCGAUGAUGAUUUAUGGAACGUGCUCGAACAGGUUGAGUUGAAAAAAAGAGUUUCUCUAGAAAGCGACGGCUUAGAUUGUAAAGUUCAGGGCAAAGGUGCAAAUUAUAGUAUCGGUCAGAAGCAAUUGAUCUGUUUGGCACGAGCAAUGUUAAGAAAAAAUGUUAUUCUCGUACUUGACGAAGCGACGGCAAAUGUAGACCCACAUACAGAUUUACUAAUACAAGAGACGAUACGUGAGAAAUUCAAAUCGUGCACCGUAUUGACAGUAGCUCACCGGCUGAACACGAUUAUAGACAGCAAUAAGGUGAUUGUUAUGGAUAAUGGUUAUCUUGUGGAGUUUGAUCAUCCAUACAAGUUACUUCAAGACGAGAACGGAUACUUUACCAAAUUAGUUAAGCAAGUUGGCGAUGCGAUGUUCCAGCAGUUUCUUCAAUUUACAAAAUUGUCUUACAAGAAUGUUUAAUAGAUUGGUUAGUCCUUCUUCAAUUCUUUCUCGCGGUUAUCAGUAAUUUGUUAGCUAAUAACUGAUUGUCAGUGGAAAACGAAUUGUGUGGUUAGCCACUGUUGAAAAUUAUACCACGUUUUGACAGCAAUAAUAAAAAUGGAAAUAUACGGUUUAUAUAUUUGUAAGACGUAAUUCAAUGUUGGAAGUCAAGCGUAUGUUUUCACGAACAUUUUUUGAGAUAAAAAAUCAAUUAUUCGUUAUAACAUAAAUUUUGAAAGACGAUAUCUUCAAAUAACAGCAAUGACUUUUUAAGCAUUUUUUCCUGUGUAAAAAAAAUGUCAAUGAUAAAAAAAUAAUAUCUUUUUUGUGAUCAUAUUUUUUUGUAAAAGCAUUGAUUAGAUUCUUUUACAUAUAAUGAUGAUAUAACAAAAGUUAAUGCUAUA